UCUGAUGAAAUCUCUCCGCUUUAGCUCCGCGGCUAGCGAGCGAGACGGCGACGUCAACGAGUCUCUAUACCAAGUAUUUCUGCUUAAAACGAAUUUAAAGUGAUUCAGUUUUUGUCGUAACUUUAAGGAGAGCGCUUUGACUCGAUUUUGAUGAUUCAGCCGUUUUUUCUCCAACAGCUUACAGUAUUUUCGUCCGAAAACGCGGCUCGAUUGAGGUGACAGAAGACUGACAGUUGAAAACCCGACGCUCGCUUCCUCUCAGACGUCAAAAUGGCUUUUGUUUCAAGCUUUCCUUUGGAGUUUACCAGCCUAUUUUACUCUUACUACACUUCAAAACGCUUGUCAAUUCCUUCUGCUGUUUCUACGAUCCCUUCAACCCGAAAUAAUUGGUGUUAUUCUCCUCAGGACGGCACAGUUGGCGGCAACGCUGCGGUCAAUAUGGACGCUGAAGCUGUUCGUGCGAGCCGGGCCGGUCUCCAAACAGUCUAAACGACAUGGACUAUUUCAUUAACCCCGGAGAAUAUUUAUCAGCCCUCAUGGAUGGUGUUAGAGGCUGGAAGGAAUGAGUAGCGGAGCAUUUCACUUUGUUCGUAGCUAACAUUUAGCCCUACAUUAAAAGCUGCGCUAGCCAGCUAAGCCUUAUAAGGCCAUAUUUAACGUUAGGUUGUGUUAAGGCUGUUCUGUAUAUUUGUAACAUUGAGAGCUUGACAUUAUAAACCCGAGCACUUUUAUUCAAAUUAAAUCUAAACAACGUGGAGCCAAUUGUAAAAGAAGUAACUCACUUGUUUUAUUUUCGUUCAGUUUAUGUAGUUCACCUCAUUUCAUAUUUUUCAGAAGUAUGAGCACACAUGGACACUUUAUUCCAGGGGACACGCGGUCCGCGCGUGACGGUGACGAGCGCACUGACAGCUCGUGGAUAAGCGUGUUCUCUCUGGUCUCGAGGCCUGCGUGGUCUCUCCUGCAGAGGUAUUUCCCCGGAAAGACACAGACUGCAUUUGAAAUGAAGUCACACCUUGAUAUCGGAAACUCUUUAACGCCUCUGAACGUAGCAUACCUCCACUGCCAGCAUGAAAAUGCUGCAAGCGUGGCCCCUGGAGACCCUGGCACUCUUACCUGGUUCACACAGGAAUCACUGACUGAACUGGGAAUUCAAAACACUUCCCAGAAAGAUUUCAGCCUUCAAAAGCAGGCAUCAGUCGGAUACUUGGGAACAGCAAGAAACUUGCUGAGCCAGGUGUUAUUGAACACCCAGGAAAAAAAGCGUGCAAAACCUGAAAGCGCAUGCGAUUUGUGCCCGGAUAUGGUGUCUGUGCGAUCCACUAAUAGCUGGUGGCAGGGAGGAUUUUUGGAGGCCAAUGACAGACCUCCAAACGUGCUGCUAAAUGUAGCACAAAGCAGAAAAGAGACUGAUACGAGCUGGCAGCAUUGUGGAGAACAUCACAGUGUCGGCUAUUGUCAAAGCAAUGAUGGGCCAUCAAUGCACAACGAAAGCGCUAGACCCUUGUGCUCCAAAGAGCUGACCCACAAUGCACUGCUGCACAUGUCCAAAACAGAAUCACUCUCAAACUCAUACCAGCUUCCACUAGAUGUUGAGCAGCAACUGCUGGUUUGUGGUAGAGCCUACAGUGAAGUGGCUGUUCUGACACCUGACCAAGAUAAUGGCUACUCCAGCUUGGAGGAAGAACACUCGAAUAGUAAGCUUCAUAUGAAACUGCUUUCCAAGGAGCAGGAGGUGUCGGAAACAACCAACCCCGUUGCCUCCGAAGACGACUCAUCUCAGAGUAACACUACUGGGAGUGAGCUACAAAGCCUACCUAUCUCAAUUGAGGAGGGAAUUAAGGAAGGAGAGGAAAAGGAGUCUGAGAAGACUGUAGAAGCGGCUGCUGACAAUGUACCUCUUUUAGCCACGCCUCAGUGUGAAAACAAGGUCAUCGCUUACAUCAUGGGCAGCCCUUGCAGUGGCGAAUCUGAAUCGGAGGAUGAUGAUGAUGAUGAUGAUUGGGAUAGUAAUGAUGAUGAUGGCUUUGAUAGUGAAGGCUCAUCCCACUACUCCGAUUCGGAGGACCUGGCUGACAGCGAUGAUGAAUCCGAGGAAGAUUCAGAUGGAGAGGAAGGCAACUCUGAGGCUGAGAGACUGUGGAACUCUCUGUGCCAAAACGGGGAUCCUUAUAAUCCAAGGAACUUUACAGCUCCUAUAAGGACAGCCACCAAGCCAAGCCCUGCGACUACAGGCUCGCCGGUCUCAGAGUCUCCUCCAGCGCAUAUGUCCUCCCAGCCAUCUUCGCCUUCUUCAUCAUCACCCUCACUUUCAGAAAAUGAAUCCAGCGAAGACGUCUGCGAGAUGGAUGAGGAAGAGAACUGGAGAUUAUGGAACUCUUUUAGCUGCUCAGCAGACCCAUACAGCCUCCUCAACUUCCAGGCCCCCGUACAGACUAAGAAACCCCCCAAAGGUUGCCGUAAGGAGAAAGCGCCUGGAACGCCACGCUAUAAGAGAGAGGAGGCUGAGGAGAGGCUGGACAGCGGAUUCUCAGAGAUUUCCCCUGUGCCAUGCUCAAGCAGUGCCACAGCCAUUCACUUGAAGAAGGUGACAUUUGUAGAGGAGGUGGAGGAGUUCUAUGCCAGCAGCGACGAGGACCGUCAUGGACCCUGGGAAGAAAUCGCUCGCGACCGCUGUCGUUUUCAGCGCCGUGUUCAGGAAGUUGAAGAGACUAUCAGCUUCUGCCUUUCUCCUAAUUUUCGCCUGGACAUUUUUCAAAGACUCUACAGUUCUAGCUAAUUAAAAAAACUUGUUUGGCAGUAAAUGUAAACGAUGAAUGACAAAUUAUAUAUAUAUAUAUAUAUAUAUAUAUAUAUCUCAAUAGUUUAAUUCAGGGCAUCGGGUGGCCCUUUAACUGUUCAAAGGGCUCACAAGUCACAAAUUCAAGGGACUCCACGGUUCCUGCCAGGGAAGGUCACCUCACUCGAUUCGUGGUGAAAUGUUUUGUGCUGAGUGUCGUGUGGAUUUUGGAAAUAUGCAUUUUGCUUUUGGUUUUCAAGUCGAGCUGUCAUUUUCAGCCAUUAAAGCAAUAGUUCACCAAAAAGUGAAAAUUUGCUCACUAUUUAAUCUCCCUCAAGAGUUUUUUUAUUCUCUUGAACACCUAAGAGGAUAUUCUGAAGAAAGUCGAAACCUGUAAAUGUUGACUUGCAUAGAAUGAAAAGCAAAUGCUACUAAAGUCAAUGGCUACGGGUUUACAGCUUUAUUUUUUUAAAAUAUCUACUUUUGUGUUCAGCAGAAGAACGUCAAACAGGUUUUGACAAGUAAAGGGCGAGUAAAUAAUGACUAUUUUAACUUUUGUGUGAACUAUCCCUUUAAUACCAUUUCAUUUUCAGAAGAAAAACAAAAAGGAACUACUCAUGUCAUGUCUGUUUUAUCACAUGAUUCCCAUUCAGAAAACAAAAACCAUAUUGCUUGCUUUCAUGCUUUUUGGGAAGUUAAUUCAUUGACUCAAUUGAUGUGGUUUUAGUCAUGCUUACACACAAACAUGCGCUAACUUCAACCCAUUAAGCAACACUUAACUGACAUUCAUCUCUCACUCAGAAAAGUAUUAGCGCAGAAGUAUUCUUAAAGGAAAGUAAAGUGUUAGCACUUCAAUCUGUAUUGUCUUCAUCUUUCAGGCCUUCUUACAAACCCCUCGUGUUGUAACCUCAAAGCCAAAGAUAACAUACUUCUGCUCUGCAAAGAAUCAUUAAGCCAGGGGCGCACCGGGUGAACGAUCCCCCGAGAAAUCGCACUCAUUACCCACAUUAAAUCCUAGUGGUAUUUUGCCGGAGCCGAGCAAUGCUUAUAUCAGUGUCUGUUCCUGUGUUAGAGUGAAGAUAUAUGGGUGUGGGCCUUAGUGCAAUGUAUUUGCAUGAUCCUAAAUGGAAAGAUGUCUUUUUUCUCCCCCAUCACUAUUUAUUGGACAUAACCAUGCGUGGAAAUCACUGUCGUGUAACGGGGUUUUUCUCUGUGCUUUGAACUGUGGCAGCUGUGACAAACAGUAAAAAUCUUGAAUAUAAAGGUGAAAUGCAGGGACAAGAUGCAUGUUUUUGAUCUGAUCUAUAUAAUAUGCUUGAUGUUGAAGCAUAAGAUUUGUUAAUCAGUACAGUUAACAUAAAAACAUUUUAUUUUUGUAAUACAUUUUAGCAGUUAAGCAUCUGUUAUGGGAUUUGUGACAAAAAAAGAUUAGUGCUAAUUUAAUUAAUCAAUAAAACAAUGCAGGAGAACUC